AAUCAUUCGCGCUGAACAGGUUUGCCGUUUGACAGAGUGCCUUGGAGUGCGGCUUAGUCAACUCUCUAAGCGGGGAACCACAGAUGCACAUGCACUUAGUCGGUGGAUUGUCCAUUCCAGUGAAGGGAACGCCGAGCAGCAUUUGAAGUUUGAAGCUUGAAGUUUUAAAGGAGACCGAUGUCGACGAGUCCUUCAUCCCGUGAACAUUUUGUCAAAGUCCGCAGGCGAUCAACGUUCCAAGUCCACCUCGUGUCGCCUGUGUUUUCCAUGGCUGAGCGGGCCGGGUCUCGCCGGACAGUUUCAUCUCACGGAUGACAUCAAUGAUCGCGUAAUGCUCGCACACGAAAACACGCAGAUCUAUGCGGCCCUUUUUACCGACCUGCCUCUUACCAGCCCACCUGGAGCCAGCCGAGGAAAUGUGUCCAAUGCUUCCACCUCCUAGCUCAACCUACACUGCAUUCAAGCUUUCUGCACUCCUCUUCUGGUCCUAUUCCCCAUUACGACACUCCACUCGAUUGGUACACCAGCCCCGCCAUUUCAAGAGGCGAUGGCGGUCGAACUCCCUUCUCAUCCCCCAGCUCUCUUCCCACCCUCGGAACGACGCGACCGACAUGGUUUCAACGCUACGGAGUACGGCACCAGUUUUGCCCCACCGAUUGACGCCACUGGAUCAUCGUUCCUCCCAUGCUGAACAUACAGCACGUCCUCGCGCUAAAUCCUCGGGCCCAUUCCACCCAUUCGCCAGAGGACGCGAACCCUCUCUUCGCUCGCGGCGAACCCCCGGCAUCCUCCGUUUCUCCGAGCGGCGAAACAGCCCCGAGUUCUGGCGAUGCUUCUGGCGUGUUCUAGCUGGGCCACUGCAUGGGCUCUUUUCAACACAUGUCGCGACAUUCGGGACUUCAUCUAUUGCCCUGAACUCAGGGACGUGAUCUUGUCCCGCUUCGUUCCUGACUACGCUGCAUGUUUGCGCGUGUCUGACCCGCGUCGGUUGACGAAGGUGCCGAUCGCGUUGACGGAAUUGAAUACCCUCAUCGCUGGCGCACAGUUCGAUCUUGUCUCCACCCCCGAGCAACAUGAACUCACGCUUAGACUCCGGCCCGAACCGAGAUUGCGACAGCUCAACUUUCCGCCCCCCUUGUCCCAUAACUCUGCCUCAGAACCAUCGCCGGUGUCCCGGGGUCGAAAGAAUUCCGUCGGAUCCCGCAAAAGCUCCGACUCGGUUCGAUCGGACACCACCUCGCUGGUUACACGUAGUCUCUCUCGCCCUGCGAACAGGUUGUCCAUCUUUCGAACAGGCUCAAAGGCUCCUCCGCCUCCGGCAUCCGAGCCCCGCUCGCUGAGGCACUACACCUCUGGUUGGCGGCAUGCGCUGCAGCGGGCCUCCGGCUCAUUCUCGGACGACGAAUGGGGACGAAAGAAACCACUUGAACGGGCCCACCGGCGACUGGCUUCGGUUAACCUUUCAAGCGGCUCUUCGUCACUCUCGAGCCCCUCUCCUCCCUUUUCACGCGAUUCGACCGUUGAAUCGUCGCCUAUCCGACGCGACGUGUCAACACACGACCUAAGUUUGGCCACACAACGAACCCGUGCCCCUAUUUUGCGUGUGUUUGUGCCGUGCACCGAAAUGGAGCGGGACGACGAGGAAGGAUCGAUUGCCCAGUGCGAGGAUCAGCUCUAUGACGCUGGGCUCUGGCCCUAUCUGUCGCUCGGGGACAUCGUCUGCAACUUUGGCUACGUUCCUCCCGCGAGUCCUGAUGUGUCUGACGGCAGUUUGCCGGAUGCGACGAGAGAAAUUGUUUCUCGAAGUACAUGGCUCCUAUUCGAUGGCCGCAGGCUUGUCCCAUAUAGUCCUCCAGAAUCACUCCCUCUGAGCGAUCCUACGAUGCUUCCGUCACCGUUCUACUUCAUUCACAUUAUUCCGCCACUCUCGGAUCCCCUGUUCACCGUUCGAGGGUUUCCGGCAUGCGACGAUAUCCCUCAGCUGACAUUAGUCACCGUCUCAGCGAAGGUCCGCAGCCCCCAUUCGCCGCUAGGCUAUGCUCUCGUGAAGAAGUCUGCAUGGACUGCACGUGUUUGGCGCCGAGUAGCUCAGGAUGACGAGAUGGGACAGGGCUGGCAGGGCGAAUGGAUUCUCGAAGCCGAUGGAACCCUGGAGGGGCAGAGGAUCCUUGUCAACUGUCUGCGCGGAGUCACAGGCCCGUAUAGGCAGUGGCAGAUCGUCCGGGAAAAGUGUGCAGGAGACAGACUAUACCUCAGACUAAUCAAGACAUUCGCGAGCAAACGUAGUACUAUCUCCCGACUAACGAACCAUGCAUCUCAAAUGACCGUCUAGACUAUGUAGAGAAUUCCAGACUAUUACUCAUCAUCAUUCAAAAUGGACCACAUCGGACACUUGUAACAGUAUUAUACCACAUUGCUAAUUAUCAAGACUGCUGGCAUAAACAUGCUUCGUGCACGUAACAGCGACGGUCGAGAUAAAUUUCAG